AUGGUUUCUAAUCAGAAUGGAACAUUUAUACCACGAGGAAUCAACUCUAUUUUAUUGGGAACAGUUUACCAUCCUCCUCAGAGCGAUGACCAUGUUCUUCGAAUGCAUAUCUUCAAAUGUUUGGAUUCUUUACUUGCCACCUAUCCUAAUUCUGCCAUCUUGGUCCUUGGUGAUUUCAAUCAAUUCAAACCAGGUAAUCUCUGCAACUCUUUUAGAUUGACGAAACUGGUUACCAAGCCCACCAGGGAAAGUAAUAUCCUUGACCAAGCUUUUUCAACUCUGUCACCUUACUACGAUGCCAUCAUCCUGCCUCCUAUUGGUCAAUCCGAUCAUUCCAGUAUCUUACUACAACCUAUUUUGACACAUCCUCCAAGUCUACCAACCACACGAUUGCAAAAGUGUGAUUAUCGAGCUCCUAACAAACAAAAUUUGAUCUCUCGUCUGAAUACUGUUAACUGGACGCCACUCGUGCGGCUGAAUUCAUGCGAGGAACAACUGGAUUCUUUCCAGUCGGUAGUUCACGUUGCUUUGAAUUCCUGUAUCUCCAUGCGUACUGUGAAACAUCAUCCUAAUGACAAACCAUGGAUUACUCCUGUUAUUAAAGAAUCUAUUAAGAAACGCCAACAAACUUGGUUGAAUAAUGACUUACACCGAUAUAAUGUUUAUCGCAAUAAAGUGAUAAACUCUGCAAGAGAGCGCGCCAAAGAUUCUACAAUGACAAAAUUAAUCACAUGCAUGAGAGUAAUCCUAAAAAGUGGUGGGACGGAAUCAAGCUGUUGUCUGGACUUUCUAAUCCUCCCUGUUAACAAGCUUAGCCGUAAGUGGCACUGUUUUGAAGGACUUCGAUCUUGCUGUCGCUAUUAACGAAUCCUUUUGCAGUGUUGCUGCUGACAUACCACAACUAAACUUUACUCCCAUACCUGUUUCCAACAUUCCUCAUGAGUACAUUUAUUACCCGUGAUGCCACAGAUCUUGCUUUGGUGGCUGUCCAAGAUCGCAAGUCUGUAGGACCUGACGAGAUUCCCAAUUGGCUCUUGAAAACCUGCGCCACAACUAUUAGCAUCCCUGUGUGUUCCAUGUUUAACUCUUCUAUUAGAGAAGGUUGUGUCCCCGGGCUGUGGAAAUGUGUGGAUGUCCUCCCGUUGGGGAAGAUCUCUAGACCGAAGUCUAUUGAUACGGACCUUAGACCUAUAUCUCUAACUGCAGUGAUGAGCAAGAUUCUUGAGUCUUUUGUUUUCAACUGGCUUGCACCUAUUGUUAUGCCAUACAUCGACCCUUUCCAGUUUGGUAGUGUGAAAAAGUCUUCAACCACUCACGCCCUUGUGCAUUUAGUCCACUACUGGCUCUCUGCCCUGGAUGUGCCUAACACCAUUAUCCGAACCUGCUUCAUCGAUUUUUCCAAAGCGUUUGAUCGAAUUAAUCAUAACAUUCUGAUGCGCAAGUUACAGCUUCUCAAUAUUCCACCGGUCCUAUUAAACUGGUGUUCAAGUUUUCUUCAAGGCAGACAGCAGCACGUCAAAUUAAAAACUUGUAAAUCUGAUUGGAAAGAAAUAAAAGCUGGAGUUCCGCAAGGUACCAAACUUGGUCCUCUGUUCUUUCUUAUAAUGGUCAAUGAUCUGUCCAGCGAAUUGCCUUUAUACAAGUAUGUUGACGAUUGUGCAAUCUCUGAAGUCGUUAGAGUAUGUGAACCAGAUCUACCAAAAUUACAGCAAGAACUUCACAACGUGACCCAGUGGUCAAGUGAGAACAACAUGAAGUUGAACGUUAAAAAAACUAAAGAUUUCACCGUGUCAUUUUUUAUCAAUCAACCCUUGGCGCAACCCUUGAUUGUCAAUAACCAACCCCUGGAGGCUGUUACUACCAUCAAGCUCCUGGGGGUAAAUUUGACCUCCGAUCUUAAGUGGUCUGCACACAUCAGGGACAUAUCCUCCAAAGCAAGCAAACGUCUGUACGCUUUAAGGAUAUUAAGAAGAAAUGGUGUCCAACCGAGUGAUCUUAGGACAGUAUAUUGUAGUUUUAUCAGACCUGUCUUGGAAUAUGCGUGUCCAGUCUGGCAUACCUCAUUACCAAAGUUCCUGACUGAUGAAUUAGAGCACAUUCAGAGAUGUGCGUUCAAAAUUAUUGUUCCCCACUUGUCCUACUCGGAAAGCCUCAAAGACCUAAAGUUGCCCACUCUCGAGGAGAGAAGGGAAUUGUUAUGCAGAUCUUUUUACAAAAACAAUUAUAGUGACACUUCGAGCAAAAUUUUUAAUCUAUUACCUGAACCUUUAGAUCAUCAGUACAAUCUUAGACAUUCCCGCUCUCACUUUUUAAAACCCGAACUAAACUCUAUAAUGAUAGUCUUUUGCCAUAUUGCGUACGCAAAUUGAACUCUUUUUAACCUUUUAGGCUUCUAUAGAUUAAUAUAUCAUUUGUAAAUUAGCAAUCCUACGUUAUUGUAAUUAGUAUUACCAGCGUAUCUAUAAUCUGUAUAUACGUAUUUUGUUCUACUAUUUUUAAACUAUGUAAACUUGUAUUUUUCAGUUCGAUUUUGAACUGUCAUUCAAGUAUUUUAAUAAAUCUAAUCUUAAUCUAAUCUUAAUCUUUGGUAUACUGCAUAUAUAUGGUUCCAUAGGAUAACAUUUUCAUUGAUGAAGAGGGUUCUUGUGUAUCGAGGAUGUUCGGCUUAGAGGUUAUUUUGUAAUUUCUUUAUUAAGUGGGGGGGGGGGUCUAUUGAUAAUCACUUUAUUAGCAUGACCAUAUUUUACAGGUAUUGCUAAAGCUUAACUAUAACGUAACAAUGUAACAUAUGAAAAUAUUUAAGAAGUAGACUAUAAGAAGAUACUAUUUACAGGAUGGAAAGUUUAACUAAUGACUACCAGCAUUCCCGGCUUCAAGUUGUUUAAGUCUUUCCUCAAAACACGAAAAAAUAAAUUUCGAUAAUUUCAGGAUGGUGUUACUAGCAGUUGACUUCAUUAUGUCAACUGAUAAAGUUGGUUUGUUUAAGUUUGUCUCAAUAGUAGUGAGAUCGUUUUUUAGACUGUCUAUAAAGUUUACUCGAGUGUCACCGUAA